UUAUUUCAUUCAAAUUUAACAUAUUAAUUGUUCACAUAUGAUAGGUUAUGUUUCCCACUUUUAUUGGAAUUCUAGACAUACAAUCGUGGUGGGAGGUGCCGAGUAUAGCUCAUUUUUGUUCUUUAUUCAGACAUGCUUUCAAUCUUUUGGAUUUUGAUAUUGAGGAUUUAGAAGAAGCUUUUUUAACAGAUACUGGUACAGAAAGCCAUUUAUUACACAAACUUAUUGUAAGAUUAUUAGAAGGCUGUUUACCAGAUGAUACUCGCAAUGAUAUUUCUACUUUUAAUUAUCAGAUGUUUCUUAGAAGACUCUUCCGUAAAAAAUGUCAAGAAUAUAAAUGUGAAAAUCCAUUCAAUACAGAUAUAGAUUUUGAAUUACUACCACUUCGUCGAAAAGUAGAAAUAUUGUGGGCCCUUUGUGAUUUUCGGCUUGAUACCAAAGAUGUAGAAGAAUUAUUAAGUGAUUUAGAUUCUGAUUGUCUGCGAGUUGAACCUUUAGGUCAUGAUCAUAAAAAUUCUGCCUAUUGGUACUUUUAUGGAACUCGACUAUAUAGGGAGGACCACAUCAAAUCUUCAAAUUUUUUUUCUCAGAAGAAAAGGGACAAAUCAAGAGACAAAAGACACAAAAGGCGUAGGCAUAAAUCGGCAAAAAAGGAAAAGAAGGAAACGGCGAAAGAAGAAAAUUGUAUUAUUUUAAAAAACAAAACUAAAGACAAAGAGAGUAUUUGGCAAGUAGUGUGUUUUACGCUUCAAGACUGGAAUCGUUUAGUUGAAAAAUUCAAAGAUUCUGAAUACGCUACCGAACAAAAACUUUAUAAGAUACUUUCCGAAGAUUUCAUGCCUGAAAUUCCAAAGCUGUUUGAUUUGAAAGAAAAACAGCAAAGACGAAAACUUUUACAACGCAAUACUAUUACGAUUGUCAAAACUUAUUCGAAGGAAAAGAUCAACAAAUCAACAAUGGUCAAAAGGAAGAUAAAAGAUAAGACUAAAGGACCUAAAAACCGUGCAAAUGAAAUAUCGGAAACCACUAAAUCACAAAAAGAAAUUGUGUCACCGCCGGUUCAAAAAAAAGGCCGACAAACUAAUAAUUCAUUAGCUUCUGCGGUAGGACAGAUUCUAAUUGACACAUAUAAUGAAGCAACAAAUGUGGAAAAUAAGAAAGGGCCAGAAAAACAUGGGAGUGACAUUUCCUCUACUUAUAGUUAUGAGUAUAAUUUUGACAAUGAAGAAGAGGAACAGCAAAUUGGAAUGCAUAAAGUUCUUAAGAUUUUAAAAAAUCACAAGGAUGCAUGGCCUUUUAUAGAUCCAGUGGAUGAGCAGUAUGCACCUAAAUACUAUAGCGUUGUCCAAUAUCCUAUGGAUCUCACUACUAUGGAAGAUAAGUUAGAAGAUGGUUCUUAUAAGACUUUAAAUCAAUUCAAACGUGAUUUUCAUCUUAUUGUUGAAAACUGUAAACAGUAUAAUGGUUCUAAUAAUGAAUAUACAAACAUGGUUAUGCAUUUAACGCAAGUAUUUGAUAAAGCAGUAGAUCUAUAUUUAGAGUCUGAAAUAACAAGUAAUGAUUCAUUGCCUAUUAUUUCUGACAGAGAUAUUGAUUUAACUAAUUGUAAAAAUAAAACUUCAUUAUCUUCAAUUCGUUAUAGUCAACGACACAAGCACUUACAAAAAUUAAAUAAGAAAGUUAAUAUCAAUACUAAAAUAAAUAAAAAAAAAAUAAUACAAAUAUAUGACGAUUUUAUAAAAAAGGAUAAAAAAAUAGGCAUAGAAGUAUUAAAUAUUAAAAAGAAAGACAAAAAGAAAUUAAGGAGUGAAAAAAAAAUUCAAGUAGAAGAAAAUAAAGGGCAAGAAAACAAAGUUGCCAUUAGUGAUACAAAUGUGAUCAAAUCUAAAAGAAAAAAAGGAAAUAAUGAUCGGAUAAUUUUGAAAAAUAAGAAAAUAUUGAAGAAAGAAAUUGAUGGAUCUAUAAAAUUAAAUAAAAAGUUUAAGAAAGAAAUACGCCAAGAUAAGCAAUUAUUUUCUACAAAGGAGCUGAAAAGCAAUAGAAAAAGGAAAGAUGAUUUUCAAGAUUAUAAUUCUAUUAGUAUGUCAAAGAGUAAAAGUAAGAAAAUUGAUAAGAAAAAAAGUAAAGAAUUAGACAGUUUGAUUGAUAGGAUAAGAAAAAAUAAAAAUAAGAAAAUAGAAUCUGAUGAAAAGUCAUUGGAUAAUAAUGACAAACUGUUUUCUCCAUCUAGAAAUAGAGAAAAAAGUCGCAAUAGUAAUAAAGAAAAAUUAAAAUCUUUGUAUACAAAUAUUAAUAAAGAAAAAGAUAAAAUAAAAAAGAGGAACAAUAUUAAAAAUGUUGCUCAUACAACAAAUUCAAAAAAAAAUGAAAUAAAAAAAUGUGAAUCUUGUAUCAUUAAUAAAGAUAUUGAAUUUCUUGAUGGUUUAAAAGAUAAAAUAAGUAAAAAACCACAUGAAAAAAUAUGGAAACUAGAACGAAAAAGAAAGAAAAAUCAAUCAUUGAAAGUGGAUAAUAUUCCUAGAAUUUCUAAAAAAGUGCCUUGUAACGAUAGCACCUAUCAUCAAAAUAAUAAUAAAUUAGAUAAUACAAAAUUAAAAUUUAAAAAUGUGAAUAGAAAAAAUAAGAAUGUUCAGAACAGCAAUCAAAAUCUAGAUAAUAGCAAACCAAAGAAAAUCUCUUGUAAUAUCAAAACCGCCUAUAAUAAAUAUACCAAAGUUUCUGAAAGAGGAGACCCCACUAUUCAAGCACUUAAUCAGGCAACGGAACAAACACUUAAUGAUAUCAACAAAUGGUUAGAUGACACCCCUAGAAUAACUGAAUUUUCAUCAGGUAGUGAUUUACCAGUAUUUCAUUCUUUGGCAAACGAUUCUUUUGCUUCAACGAUUAAUAAAUAUUCGACAAUGAUGAUGACAUCAACAACAGUAUUAGCAAUGACAACGAAUACAUCGUCUCGCAAACGACCAACUUCGUUAAAAAUAUAUGGGCAUGCUUCUAUAAAACCUAAAAAAGUGCAAAGAACCAUCGACCGAUUGCAGCCGGGUAAAAGCAAAGGCAACUUAUUGUCUAAAAAACUAUCUUUGAAUGAAAGUGUUUCCAACAAUAACACUAUCAUAUGUCAAUCGACUAUUGAUAAUAACCAAAUAAAUCGAAAACCUUACGAUGAACCCAAAUUGAGCCUAGGUACUGUAUUAAAAAAUGUUGAUUCAAUUCAAUUAAUUUGUAAGGCUCUUGUAUCUUCACCAAAUCCCCUAUCAAAUGAGGAUGAUGAUGAAGAAAUCAUCAAUAAUCCAGUUACCCCUUUAGCAAAUAUUAUUAAUGAACAAUCAGUGAUAAUGAAAAAAAAAUCAGUGACUAUUUCAAAAAAUAUGAAAGUGGAAAAGCAAGUAAAUAAUGAUGAAAUUCAAAAACCGAAAUCAGCUAAUUUGAAUGCAUGGCUUAAAGCAUUUGGAACACCAAAAUCCAAAAAAAAGGAAGGGAAGGAGGAACUUUCAUCUUUUUCUGUUUCUACAAAAAAAGAAGAAAUAUUCGAAACUAAUGGCUUACAUGGUAGUCAAAGGCGAACAAGUAUUGGUGAAAAUAGUAUCAGUGAGUCGGUAUCUUCUUUUUCUCAUGAAUCACUAUCUAGUCAAAUACAUCGAUCACCUCAACAAAGUCAGCAGCCUCCAUUGAUAUUACCUACAUUUAUUCCUAUGGAACCACAGCAUAGAGGUGCGGGAUUCUAUCAGGAUGUAUUGUCAACAAGAAGUAGUCCCUACAAUAGUCCAUACUAUACAACACCACACUUCAGUGCUCAACUGCCACCUAUAUCUUCACCUCAAAAUAGUCCACGUUCUCCAUCCUACCCUUCGUCAGUUAAUUUUGAUCAAUCUAUUGUAUCAGCAUCACUAAACUUGUACUCUCAGUUAAUUCCAAAAACAUCGUUUAAGUCUUUGUCACAAUUCCACUCUCCUGAAAUUCAAAACUGCUUUCCCCACAAUUCAUCACCAAGCGAAUCACAACAACCAUAUACAGCCACGAUUGCUGUCACUCAGGAUCAAUCUCCAAUUUAUUCACAACAACCGUUACAGUCACAUUUGCAGUCAUCACCACAAAUGCAACCAUUAAUACCCGGAUUCUCGCAACCAUCAUCUCAAAUACCAGCAGGCAGUUACACACAACUAUCACCAUUGCAGACUUCAUUAAAUUUUUCGCAAUCGUCACUUCAGGAGCAACACUCAUCUUAUUCGCAAACAACACCUCAGCCACUAUCAAGUUAUUCGCAGUUGUCACCUCAACCCCAGCAGCAUUCCUCUUACGCUCAAUCUUUGCCCCAACAGUCCAGCUUUUUGCAAGUUUCUCCGAGACCAUCCUCAUCAGCGUAUUCCCAGCCCUCAUCUCAACUAUCGAGUCAUACAGCGCAGACGCCCAGAUCAUACCCACAGUCGAAUUUGGUUAUGGCGCAAUCUUCACCACAGACUCGGGUUUACUCUCAACCGUCACCUCAACCUCCGACAUCCUAUUCAGGUCAGACAUCACCUCAACAAUCGCUUGCAUAUUCUCAGACAGCUCCAAAAACAUCAUCAAGCUAUUCGCAACUAUCAUCGCAGCAACUGAGAACGUAUUCUCGUCCGUUAAACCAACAUAUGUCGCAGCAAUCGCCAAUAAACAGUGUGCAACAAUCAAGCACAAAUUUUUUACAAUCCAAUCAGAAACUGAGUCAAGACGUUCAGGAUCAGACAAUUCAUUUUACAAAAAAUUCUGAAGAUUACAUACAGAAUACACUUUUUACUCAACCCGUUAAAUCUACAUAUCUUCAAUCAUCUGUUACAUUUUCUACAAUCGUAACAAAACCUAUUAUUACCAAAGAGAAGCAGUCACAACAGCAACUAGCAAAUUCAAAAAAUCUAACUGCGCCUAAUCAUCAAAUUUAUCCAACGACCUCCAAUUCGCAAUAUCUAACCACUUAUCCGGGUAAUGUGUUUCCUACAGGGAAUAGGGUAAACGAUCAGGUGUUUACUGAAUCUUCAAUCAAGUCUAAAACAUCUAAAUUAACGAAUUAUGAAACACAGCAACUAAUCCAACAGAGAGAGGUUCAACAAAAUCAGGAAGAGCAGGUACAACUAUUAGAUUUUCAACAAAAUGUAGAAUCCCCAUAUUCGACUGGGUUUGAAGCGACUCCGUAUUCGAUCUCAAAUAUUGUAUGUCGACCAAUGUAUUCGAAUUAUUUUGACACUAGUACUAAAAACACAACAAUGAAUACUGCUAGUAACGACAACAAUUUUACUCCUGUUAAAAAACGCAUAUAUAAUGAAUCCUUGGCAACUGUUGACACAACACAAUAUCCCAGUCAAGAGCAAUUGAGUUUUGAUUCAGUUAUGACCCUUGCACACUCGCAGUCUGAUGUUUCCGCGAUUAUUCCCAAUCAAUUUGAUGGCGUUUUUACUAAUAAUCUUGUCGAUUCAGUUGCCUCAAACCCAGCCUUUGCACGAUUACAAUUAGGCUUGGUUGCACACACUACCAAAGAUUCACAACAACUGUUCUUAAUACCUCGAACUACUACUAAAAAUAAUUCUAUCACCACGUACGGGAGAUCCACUACGGCCAGUCAGUCUGAACUUGAGCUCAACUUAUUACAGACUUUGCAGAAUGCCGCAGCUAAAAAGCCGAAUAUAUUAUCGGUGACACGGCGAGUUUCAGAACAAGUUCCCUCAAUGACUAAGUCAAGAAAGAAUAGAAAAAAUAAGCAACAUCAACAAUAUUCACAACAUCUGAGCGUAGGCGUAGAACACCAGCCCAAUAAUAUUUCGAAGUUUUCGCAGUAUGGUAGUGCUAACAGCGAUUCCAUAGUUCGCAAACAAUCACCUUUAGACGAUAGUGCAUUUAAUUGUACCACUUCGACUAAUGCAAUCAAUAGUUCAGUUUUCUUUGACAAAGAAGCUUCAGCUUCUGCAACAGCUGCUGCAUAUGUUUUUCUUGAUGAUUUUCAUAAUCCUAAUCUGUCAAGUUAUUACAGUAUGGCUCUACGUCAACAACAGCAACAUCAGCAAGUACAACAACAGGCUCAACAUCAACAAAUCCGACAGCAAGUUGGUCCACUAUCUAAUGUAGUGCAACAAGCCUGCAACAAGUUAUGCGAUCAGUCGACAGGAAGAUGUUAUUCAGGACAUUCAUUCCUUCAUUCGACACAGAGACCAACAGUGUACAGACCGCCAGUUUCUCCUUAUGUUACAUCUCAUACAGCUAAUUUAGAUGUAGAAUCCACAGCAUAUCAACAAUAUUUACAUUCGUUAUAUGCACUACAACCCUCACCUCAUCAUAGGCCUACCUGGCUUUAGCCAUCACCGAGACUGACAUAAUAGUAAUAUGUUAAUGCGUUCGUCAGUUUUAAUUUAAGAAAACGAUUUAUUUC